ACUCAAAAAGCCUACUAAAAAAAGAAAAGGGAAUAUGUCCCUCUGUACAUUAUUAUCCCUAAAAUCAUGUUCAGCAAGCAACGUAAGGCAUUUAACAGUCAAAAAAUUGAAUUGUUUGUCCUCACUCAGUUUGAUGCACAGUAGUGUUGUCCUGAAUUGUUACAUAAACAUGGAGGUAACAGUGGUGAAGUGAGUCAGGCAUGCAAGGAGUGUAAUCAGUCAGAAAUAAGAAAUAUGUGUACUGAUAGUAAUUUACAAUUCAAAUUUAAGUAGCAGGAAGUGGUGAACACUGAAAUACUGUUUUUCACAAGCUAAUGUUUACAAAUGCACAUGUACUUGAAUAUACUUGUGUACUUACUGAAUAAUAAAGCAAACUAUUAUGACCUCUGUCAGAUACUGUCAGUAUCAAGGGUUAGAAAAUUUAUAAAUUACACAUAAUGUAAGUGGUUGACAUGUUACACAUUACACAAUGGCUGUUAUGUUAAUGAUACCACGCCCUGACUGUACUUUAUGGCAGUAAUCAAAUAAUAUACGUGGAUUGUUCGUUAACUGACGUCCAAUAUACAAAAUGGCAUGUUUGUUUCAAAAAAAUAAUAAGGGGGGUUCAUGAUGUAGCUUGGGCACUGUGAUAUGUGGGACCAUUUAAUCAUGUUUAUAACAGUUCCACAACUAUCCUUGAACUGUAUCAGACAAAAGAAUGGUUUAGAAACUUUCUGGUGAUAGUACAAAAUUCAUAGAAUCACCUAAAUAUUUUGUGAAGAUGUGUAAUAUAAAUUGUAGCUUGACCACCAAUCUGUAACUGCGUCUGAUCUCGUGGCAAAUAAAUGCGGUCGGAGCAAAGUUCAGAACAUGGAACUGUGUCAGAGGGUAUGCAAGCUCCCAGCUUUCACCAGCUGUACUGUGUAAUGCAAUGUGAUUGAUCCUCAGUUUUUAUAAUGCUUUUUUAGAGAUAUUGCUCACAUUUUCAGUGUGCUAUGUUCCUGCACUCCCAAGCUUUCGGUCAGCCUAUUUGAUAUCUAUUCAGUGAGUUGUCAUUUUAAUUGUGGCUGCUUGUAAAAAGGAUCGAUGUGGAUCACAUUAAUACUCUACUUUGCUUGCCCUCUUCAUUUUAACUGAGAGUCUUCUUAUUCUUCUUCUUGUUACUUGUUCAAAUACUAAAUUUGACUGAAUAACUUUUUAGACAAUAAAAUGGCAACAACUUGAACCUCAGCCAUAAAAAUCACAGUGCUGCCAUGACAUAGUGAGUCACCAAAUACCUCAGUUGCACAACAUUUGAGUAACAGCAAGUUUGAACUUAAGUUUGUGUUUCCUAUACCUUCCCUUCACCCAGUAUGGUACAAGGCAACCACCAUGAGGCCAUGGGGCUACACUUUGUCAUGUUCCUCCCGACCCUGUACAGCCAGUGUGACCCUCAGCAGUCCAAGAAAUGGUUACCUCUGGCAGAGUCCUUCCAGGCUGUGGGCACAUAUGCCCAAACUGAGAUGGGUCACGGCACACACCUCAGGGGGCUGGAGACCACAGCUACAUAUGACCCGGCCACACAGGAGUUUGUCUUGAACAGUCCCACAAUCAGCUCCAUCAAAUGGUGGCCUGGAGGACUUGGAAAGACCUCAAACCAUGCCAUAGUUCUAGCCCAGCUUUAUACUCAGGGAAAUUGCCACGGUCUGCAUGCUUUCAUCGUACCUAUCCGCGACAUGAGCACACACGUACCCUUGCCAGGUAUUGUGGUUGGAGAUAUCGGCCCCAAGUUUGGCUUUAAUGAAGUUGACAACGGCUUCCUAAAACUAGAGAACGUACGAAUCCCACGGGAGAACAUGCUGAUGAAAUACGCCAAGGUGGAGCCAGAUGGAACCUAUGUGAAGCCACCAAGUGCCAAGCUGACUUACGGCACCAUGGUGUUCAUCCGCUCAUUGAUUGUAGGCGAGUCAGCUCGGGCCCUCUCCAAGUCCUGCACCAUCGCCAUCCGCUACAGUUCUGUUCGACACCAAUCUGAAAUCCGGCCGGGAGAGCCAGAGCCUCAGAUCCUCGACUACCAGACGCAGCAGUACAAGCUGUUCCCUCUGCUGGCUACGGCCUAUGCCUUCUCUUUUGUCGGCCAGUAUAUGAAGGAGACCUACCACCGCAUCAGUGGAGACAUCAACGACGGGGACUUCAGUGAACUGCCUGAGCUCCAUGCGCUGUCUGCGGGUCUGAAGGCCUUCACCACGUGGACAACCAACUCUGGCAUUGAGGUGUGCCGCAUGUCAUGUGGCGGCCACGGCUACUCUCGCAGCAGUGCCUUGCCGGACAUUUACGUUGAGUUCACCCCUACAUGCACCUACGAGGGAGAGAACACGGUCAUGAUGCUGCAGACCGCAAGACACCUGGUGAAGAGCUACCGGCAGGCUAAGGCAGGACAGCAGCUGAGCGGCAUUGUAUCCUAUCUGAAUGAAGCAACGCAGCACAGGGUCCAGCCACAGCCUGUCGCUGCCAGACCAACCGUGGUAGACAUAAACGACCUGGCUAGCCUGGUGGAGGUCUACAAACAACGAGCUGCCAUUCUAGUUGAGCUGGCAGCUAAGAGUAUCCAGCAAGAGAUACAGAACAGGAAGAGCCAGGAGGACGCCUGGAACAACAGUGCUAUUGACCUGGUCAGAGCCUCAGAUGCCCAUUGUCACUAUGUCGUAGUGAAGCUCUUUACUGACAAGCUGGGGGAGAUCGGUGACAUAGCGAUACACUCAGUGCUGUCAACCCUGGCUCUGCUGUACGCCCUGCACGGCAUUACAACCAACUCUGGAGACUUUCUACAGGCUGGACUGCUGAAUGUGCCCCAGGUGCACCAGGUUUCUGUUCGUAUCAAGGAGCUGCUGUCUCAGCUGAGGCCCAACGCUGUGGUACUGGUAGAUGCCUUUGACCACCACGACAAGAAGCUAAAUUCAGUCCUGGGACGAUAUGAUGGGAACGUCUACGAGCACAUGUUCGAAUGGGCUCGUCGCUCACCCCUAAACGCUACAGAGGUCCAUGAAUCCUUCCACAAGUAUCUGAAGCCCCUGCGGUCCAAAUUGUGAGCUGACCCCCUUGUACAUGGUGGUCCUGGUUGCGACCCUUCAAAUCUCCAUAUAUUUGCACAACCUUAACCACAUUAACCCCAAUCAAUAUCAACACCAUGAUGGCCAUUACUUGCCUUUUCCUAUCAGCUGGUAUUUACCAGUCUGAAGGAAUUUAGCCUCCCCUACUUUACUCUCUGUGUGGUCAUGUUAACACCAUAAUCAGCCACUCUAAAGGCCAUGGUAUACUGUCACAUUUUGGGGCUGUCUACAUUGUUCUCUUUGGUGAUGCGGAAAUGAGUGUCCUGUAAACUGGGUGGACAACCUGAAACAAUAUCAAGACAAUGCAAUUAUGAGGAGAAUAAUAGCAAUACCAGGAAUUAGAAUUCUAUCUAAAAAUCUCUAAUGAAGUCAUUAUUUUGAAAAAUAGCUUUUAAGAAUACUGAAAACAAUCAAUUAUUUGCAGUUUAAGAAGACCUUGUUUUCUGUAGAGAAAUUCCAUUGUGAAGUUUUUAUUCUUUCCGUUCCCCCCCAUCUUUUCUUCACUUUCUACUGCGUGCCUGAUGGCUCAGCUGUAUGAGCCAGCCAAGAUAGGAAUGCCAUUUCUCUUUUUUUCUAACAAGAACAGAAUGUGAUUAGAAACGUUACAUAAUGUUAGAGAUUUUUAUGUUAGGAACAAACCAACAGCAAAAUCAGUUUUGGUUGUUUCCCCUGACGACGAGGACCAACGGUUAUUUGAAAAGACCAGGUGCUGUUUGUUGUUAUUAAAGAGGCAUUCAUUUUUUCAUGACCUUUUAUCAAUGCUGUAUGCAUCAAGAAAGAAUUGCACAAGUCUGUGACACCCCUUACCCUUCCAUACCUGUGAAUGAUGGUGUAAUAUGACUGACUUAAACGGCAAUCAGAAUGUAGUUUGAAUUAAGAGCACAUGUCCAACAGUGAAGAUAAUAUAAAAAUAUUCCUCCUGUAAAAUGCUGCGACAAAUACCAUUUUGAAAUGGUCAGUAGAUAGUCACUACACCUUUAAAAGUCAAUGUCCUGCAUUGUAUCAAACUGUUCCUCACAGCCUUAAGUUGAUACUUCACCCAAAGUGUAUGUUUUUAGAAUAAAAAACUCUCUCCGUGCUGCGGUCAGCUUGCAUUCAUGUCCGGCACAGAUGUCUCCAAUGCUAACAAGUUUUUACAAGACUGAAAAAUCCUUAAAAUGUCCCAGUUGCUGUAUUUCAAGGCAAAACGUACUCUCAGCCCCACCACCUGUUGCAUUUCUUGCUGUAUAGUGAUCCACUUCAGAUACUAGUGUGUAGGUUAUAUACCGGUACUACGCCAUUGAUAGAAACUGAGCUCAAUAGAGAGAAGAGAGGUCCAUCAAGAGACAGUGUAUGUGAGAAAGUGGAAUGAUUUACGACUUACUGGAAAUGAAAUGAACAUCUUUGGGGUGAUUUGUACUAAAUUCCUCAAUUUCUGAACCAUGACUGUGUUCAACCAUUAGAACGAAUAAUUACUAUUCUGUGCGUCCACAUGCUUCUGAAUGUAUUUGUUGGACAGAACGGUUUCUGCAGAUAAUGGUGAAGUAUGUCAAAUGUGUAAAAAGCACCUGUGACGACAGAAGGUAGGAAUUUCUGACAAUUUAGUGUUUAAUGAGACCACAUAAUGCACUGUAUAUGUGAAUUAGUAUUCUCCCUCCCUGCUGUGUGAGGUUGAUAUAUUAUAAAGAAGGGUUAAAAACACCAGCUAACAUCUACAUGGAUUAUUUUUUUUAGUUUUUAAUCAAGCACAUUUUAAACUACAAACUUUAAAUAAUUCUAUUGUUAAUAUGCUGCGACGUUCAAAUCCUGCUGACUGAAUUGUUCUAAUUCAUAUAUGAUGAACUAUGUGCAAACUGGAUCUUUUUUGAUUAAUGCUUCUGUAUCAGUUAUUAAAGUUUGAGAAACCGUUUAGAAAAACCUAUAAUUAACUGACUUAGCAAACAGAAAUGUAUCAUAUUUCAUAGAAUUGGUGGAUUUUUAUUUCUUGCUUUAUCUCAACUCAUCUCCAGUAGGCUACUUUAUAUUUUCUCAUUGAGCAACUUAAUCCUAAUGGCAGAUGCUGCUGAAUAAAAGUAGCAACAAAACAA